AUGUCUGCGUUCGAGCCGACGCCACUACCUCGUUCCUUGCAAAUACUCGUCCUCGUGGUGUCCUUGCUCUCAAGCGUUUUGUCGUUGCUGGGGUCAGGAUGCAUCCUCUACAUGGCCCAUAGAAAGCUGGAUCAGAUGCUUCAGCGUCUGCUGAUUGGAGUGAGCCUUAGCGAUAUUGCCAUGACCAUGACAGUCUUGAUCGGAUCCUUUUUGUUGCCACCCGACAGCGGCUUUGCUUGGACCUUUGGAAACUUUACUACCUGCACAGUGAUGGGAGUCUUUUUCUACAUUUUUCUUGCCACCAGCGUGAGCUACAAUGUUUACUUGAGCUUUUACUAUUUGGCCAUCGUGCGGUAUGGAUGGAGAGAAAACAAACCAGUGUCAGGCUCCAUGGUGAUGCCCAAGUGGGAGGUUGUACUGCAUGCCCUGACGGUGCUAAUUCCACUGGGGUUGGGCAUAGCUGCUGGAUCCAUCAAGGCCAUGGGGCCACAUCCUUUCCUCGCGGGCUGCUUUCUGGCGAGAUCCCCGCAUGGUUGUGAAGAAGGAACCGAGCUGGAGUGUUUCUUCACGAACCAGGUAGCCUUCACCGCCCUCUUUGUAAUCCUCAUGAUCUACGUGACUGCGGGGACAUUUGCCGCCGUGCUCAGUACCUUCAUGGUAUACUGGACAGUGCGCUCCAAACUUUCAAAGACCAUUCGCUUCAACAGCGUCACUUCCACCAGCACAAACAAUGACACAACCUUCCAUCGGAGAAUCCAGGAGGUUAGGCGUCAGUCCAUGCUAUACUCGUUGACUUAUUUGAACAGUUACGUCUGGAUGAUGAUUUCCUUAAUGGUGACGGUCUUUGCUUCCUCGGAACGAAUGCAUGCACACAGGGCCGCGCCAGGAGUCUACUUUUUAACCCUCAUGGUGUCCGUAAUGUUCCCGCUCCAGGGGCUGCUGAACUUUCUGGUUUACACACGACAAGAUGUUCAACGCUGGAGGAAGGCGCAGCCAGAACUGUACUACUUUCAAAUCUUGAGGAGGGUCCUGGCAGGGCAGGCUACAGGUCCUCCGACGAGUAGCGUCAAAGCCACCACCCCAGUUCAACUGCAGCAGGAGCCGCAACCAAGUCCGUAAGAGACAGGACACAAUGCGGAGGUCGGGGAAAGCCCCCCGAGAUCGACUCAGAUCUCGUCGUCAACUCGAGAGUCUCAUGUUGCCACGGAAGGACACGAACGUUGCAACUUCGUUCAUAAGAACAGAUACGUGGGGUCUCGCACGGUACCACGUUCGAGGUCCGCCUUUAUUCAGAUCAUAGUGUAUCCAAGGCCACCAUCAAGACUUUCAAAACCACAAUUGCCAGCCUGUCCGACUAGCAAGAGUCGAGUCAAGGCAAGGCAGAGUGUGAGAUU